UGUAGCCCCUGUGCUUCAGGGUCCGUUAGGCGCAAAAACAAAAAGAGCUGAAUGGCCCCUGAUUGGGUCAGAGCACAUCUGACACCACCGGAUCCCAUUGACAUGAAUGGGGUCUGUCGGGUGUCCCGGCCUAGACUGAUUAAAGAUAAUGAGCAACCUACAUUUUAAUAAUAAUAAUAUAAUAAUUAUUUACAGAGGUGUGGAAAUUUUUAUUUAAAAAAAACUACUUGUCCAAGGGACUAAAAUGGAGCAAAAUUUACAUGAUGAUCCACUUGUCCUAGUACCCAAAAUAAUUUUAACCAAAAUAAUUAGCAAAAAAGUGAUGGAAGGAUUGAUGAGAUUUGUAUCCUGUCUUGAAGUUCCCCAUUGUCUCGAUGACCUGCAGUAUUCUUUCAAUCAGCGAGGAGAGCUCAGGCACUUGGUCACCAAGGAGCCAUUUGUCUACAAUUACUACAAAAAUGAACAUGUAAGAAAUCACAAACGUUACAAAAUUCUCGGAGAUAUGAUCACACUUCAUGUCUAUGAACUACUCGAGAAAGAAUGCAAUCUUGAAAGAAUUACCAUUCCUCUUGAUGCCAGUGAAGAAGAACCAAAGUCAUUCUUUUUCAUGAGUAAGGAACCAUUGACUAAGCAGACAAACUUGUUUGUUUUGCUUCAGGAUAGUGGGGUGAUCCGAGCGGGACAGUGGAGCCAAAAAGUGAUAGUCCAUCAAUCUCUGGACAAAGGAACCCAGAUCCCAUAUAUUAACACUGCCUUAAGAGACAAUAGCUCAGUCAUUGUCUUAAAUCCCAAUGACAAUUUUGCAGAAAUGAAAGAAGAGCCCCAAACUCUGGUCAAGAAAGAAGAUGAUGCGACAGCUGUAGAACCCAGAGAAGCUUGUGAUUUAAUCUCAACUGAGCAGAAACUUAUUCUUCCUAAAAGAUGCUGCAGUUCUCCAGAAGAACACACCAGCUAUGUCUGGGACCACUUUAUAUCAAAGACCACCGCUAAGAAUGUGUUCUUCAUUGCACAUGGGUAUGGUGGGUUAGUGUUUAUGGAUUUGCUUUGUAAGAAAAGCCAAGAAGUCAGGAGUAAAGUGAGUGCUGUAGCAUUCAUAGAUUCAAGGCAUCAUGCCCAGCAUCAGGCAAGAACUGACCCAGACAUCCAGACCUGGAUACGUUUACACUGCAGAAGCUGGGUACUCAGUACCAAACCUCUAGACAGACCCACUGGGUCAUUAAGAAAGCUGGAUUGCCCCAAGGUAUCUACUGGAACACAAAACCAUGAACUUGCACCUUCUUCUGCUCUUCAAUCUAUUUUCCGAUUUCUGAAUCGAUCUUCAAAGAGUCGACGGAAUUCAGUUCCCCCUAUGCGCACGAUGGUAACUAGAAGUUCUUCAAGGAAGUCUGUGUAAAAGCAUGUCGCCAAAAUGGCACAGAAAGGAAUAUUGGUGGGAGCUAUAGAAUGUCUGUGUACAUGGAAAACACAAUAUGUUACAGAGGACACAUGGUGCAUCUGUUCUCUAAACUGUAUCCAGUCAUGUAUUCUAAAUACACGUCUACAUAGAAAUCACAUAAAUAAAUGUUUACUAUGUCUAUAUACUUUAUUUGGAGAAAAUCCGGAUUUAUUUUUACAACAGAAGUUUGACAUUGGGGAUUCAAAAGUUUCCACCCUAUUAUGGGAAAUAUGGGUAUCAAUAUAUAUAUAUAUAUCUGCCUUUUGUGAAUGCCUGGAUUAUAAUGUAUUUCAGUGCACUAAUCCCUACAUCAAAUAUUUGUAUAAUCAUUACCACAAUUAUAUUUUAAAUACUUAAAUAUUUUAAACAUUCACGGUCCAGAUAGUUAAAGAGGUAUUCCAGCCUUCCAAAAAACAUUCUAGGUGAUAUAAACCUAAAAGACUACCAAAAUGCCUGUUCCAAUGGAGAGCAUGAUUUAUGACUGCAGUCAGUUUUAGUGUAGUUUUCCAGCAUCUGGCCUGGUGUUUUAUUAAAUGGGCACUGUCAGAUAUAAAAACUUUUGAUAUGUUUUAAAGCAUGUAAAACCAAUAGGUUUUGCAAUUGCUUUCCUUAGAAAUUUUUCAGCAUUUCAUACUGAAAAAGCCAGUCAAAGAACUGCCCCCCUGCCUUCUGGAAUGCAUUCAGUCCUUCUCGCUACACUGCUUCGUCCUUAACGUUUUGGAGGGGGAGGGGCUGUACACACUGCAGACUCAUGGGGAGGGGCAAAAAGACUGCUGCCGGGCUCUCACUGAUGUCUGCUGUGUGAGAAAGGCAGAAAUACAUUGCAUUGCAGACGAAAAAAAGUGUCUAUCAUGUGUAUGUGGAAGAAUAUAUGAAGCCAGUGUGUGAGUGUGUGUAAUAAAGGGGGACUACAAUCAUAUGAAGAAUAAAUAUUUUUCCAGCUUUGAAUUAUACCAACAAUAAUACUCUUCUACAUGAUCUAAAUAAGUGUGUGGAACACCAUAGAUACAUUCUGGGUACUUAAAGGGGUACUCUGCUGCUCUGUAUUUGGAACAAACUGUUCUGAAUGCGGGAGCUCGUGGCGUCAUAGCCCCACCCCAUCUAACAGAGGGGGCACAACGGCUGUCACACCCCCUCCCAUAGACUUGCAUGGAGGGGGUGGGGCUAUGAUGUCACGAGUUCCCUGCUCCAGCUUUCGGAACAGUAUGUUCCAAAUGCUGAGCAGCGGAGUACUCCUUUAAGUUGCCCUAAGCAGCCUACUAACCCUGGGGCAUCUUAUCCGCAGGUCUCAGGAUAGUACCCCUGGAGUGUCCACCCUUAUAGUGGGUGCCACAGUUUUUUGGGCAAUAUUUGUCCUAAUGUUGGGCAAUAUUUUUAGCCAAAACCAGGAAAUACAGUGGUCUCUUAAGUUACGAUAAUCGGUUCUAGGGCGACCAUUGUAUAUUGAAACCAUAACUCUAUGGAAACCUGGUAAUUGGUUUUGAAGCCCUAAAAAUUAAAAAGGUGAGGUUUAAAAAAAAAAAAAAAAGUAGAUAAUACAGAUAAAGCAAGUCCUUACAUAUAAAAGUAAUACAGAGCUGCUGGGAGCUGUAAAUCACUGUCUAUGUAGAGGACAGGAGCUUCUUCAGGGUCCUUUACAGUACACACAAUGUGUAAAAAAAAAUAAAAAAAAAAGUUAAAUGGAGCCGCCCUUACUUGGUGUUCAAAGGAGCAGUUAAACGUGGCACAGGUAAAGAGUAGUAUAGCACAUGUAAUACUUCCCUGUACUGUAGGGGGCGCUACCAGACAGGAAUUCAGUGCAUGCACUUCAGUAAUACAGGGGUUUUACCAGUGAAAUGCCCAUUCUGAUUAGUCAGUUCUUCCAGCCAUUGACACGUUUCACAGAUCUGGACUGUUGAUGUUAAAACUAUUGUACGCUGAGGUAGUGCUGGGCGGUAUACCGGUUCAUACCGAAUUUUUUUCCCUGCACGAUAUGAAUUUUUCCCAUGCCGCAAUACUGGUUGGGCCCCUCCCUGUUAAAUACCGUGGAAACACCAUAACUUACAAAAAUACCGUGAUACACAUUUUUGUUCAUACCGCCCAGCUCUAUGUUGAGACCAUUGUAAGUUGAGGGAUCACUGUACUGACCGAAAUGGGGAACAAAUACUGACCAUGGGGGAGAUUUAUGACAACCAGUGUAAAAGAAAGAGUGGUACAGUUGCCAAUAGCAACCAAUUAGAUUGCUUCUUUCAUUUUUCACAGGCCUCUUUGAAAAUUAAAGAAGUGAUCUGAUUGGUUGCUAUGGGCAACUCAGCAACUUUCCCUCUGGACAGGUUUUGAUAAAUCUCCCCCUAUAUGUUCAAACUAGUGAAGUUUCAUGGCCCAUGCACACUAUGGAAAUUCAGUAAGGAAUUUCCUUGCUUAAGCCUAAGGGUACGUUCACACUGAGUAAUUCAAGAAGAAAAGUUUCCAACCGUAAAAAAAAAAAAGUCUCAUGAUUUCGUGCAGAAUUUUCGCAUAUUUCGAUAAUGGAGGAGGAGUUGUAAAUGGUUUCACGCAGACUUCAAUUGGAUUCUGCUUGCGGAUUCCACUUGAAGAAUAAACAUGUUCUUCAAGCGGAAAGGAAUUCGGUAUCGGAAUUCCGCUAGCGGAAUCUCCUCAGUGUGAAUAGGACAGCGUAAAAUACAUUAAAGUCAAUGGGUAGAGGAGAUGUUCAUUAAUUUGGAACGGAGAAUUCAAGAGGAAUUACCCAAGUAAAUUCCUCCCCAAUUACUCAGUGUGAACAUACCAAGUUUCCACUUACUUUUUUCCUGGCAUUUUUUUACCCAAAAACACCACAAUAACUGCCCUGUGAUGUUGCACUCCCAAGAUGCAGUUUUUUUG